UGUGUCUGGGCUGGUGUCUGGGCUGGUGUCUGGUGUCUGGGGCUGUGUCCGGGGCCACGGAAUGGAACGGAGAAAAGUUCCCCACAGUUUCCUCUGCACCGUCCUCCCCGCUCUGAUGUUACUGUCUUCUGCCCUUUGUAUUGUAAAUGCCUCUAAAGUAUUGGAUGAAGUGCCCCUGGGAGAGGAGGUGGAGCUGGACUGGAGGCACUCCCGUUGGCAACGCUACCUGGGAGAAUCCGACGACGAGGACUUUGUGAGCUCUGCAGAGGGAAGUGCAGACCGUGAAGAAAGCAGUGGAGUUUCACCGGAGCCAGGCACCAUUUCCAAAGGGCAAACAGUGUACUACAGGGUGCUGGUCAACUUCACAAAGUCAAUUGAAUACGACGAUGAAUUGGAGGACUUCAACUCUGAGCGGUUCACGGAAGUGUCUGAAGCAAUCAUUGACACUCUGGAGUCGCAGUUCAUCAGGAUCCCAGGAGAACAAACAGUGACUGUAGUAUUGAUCGAGAAAGUGGGCGAGGACAUCAUUGUGCAGCUGGACGUAGGGUCCGAAGGCAACAACAAUGACCAAGAGAUUGAGGACGUGGUGUACUCGAUGGCGAGGAGUGGCUCCUUUGGUCCUUACCAGUCAUCAACCAGCGGCUUUCUGUUCCGGCGUCUGGGAACAGUGGAUGAGGAUCAGGAGGGUCAGUGCCAGAGCACGGAGUUUACCUGCAAGUCUGGAGACUGCAUCCCCAUUGCCUAUUUCUGUGAUGAUCAGCCUGACUGCCUUGACAUGUCUGAUGAGGAUGAGUGCGGAACGACCCCGUACAGAGUGGGGAUGUCGACGAUCAGGCCAGCCGUUCCUACCGCCAGACCCAUUCCCACCCGCACACAACUCCGCACCACCCCUGCCACGCAGACAAGGACCCUCACCCCGCGGCUUCCUGUCAUGGCACCCACCACGGAUCGGGCUUUGCCUCUGAGGCCCUGCUCCACAGACCAGGCCGUGUGCCAGAACGGCCAGUGCAUCCCCAGGGAUUACUUGUGCGACGGUGAGAAGGAUUGUGAGGACGGCAGCGAUGAACUGGACUGCGGAACCCAAUCGCCGUGUGAGCCCAACGAGUUCAAGUGCAGAAACGGGCACUGCGCGCUGAAGCUGUGGCGCUGCGAUGGCGAUACCGACUGCGCGGAUGGCUCGGAUGAGGAAUAUUGCCCUACUAAAGGGCCAGGAGACAUGUGUGCUCCAGAGCAGUUUGUCUGCGUGUCUUCGCGCACCUGUAUCCCAGCGAGUUACCAGUGUGACGAGGAACCUGACUGCCCAGACAGAUCAGAUGAAUUUGGAUGCACUUCUCCACAGGUUGUUACUCUCCCGGAGGAGACGGUCCAGACCACUCGAGGUGCUACGGUCACUCUUACCUGUGUGGCUACUGGGGUUCCCACUCCCAUCAUCACAUGGAGGCUGAACUGGGGUCCCAUUCCCGUUAGCAGCAGAACCUCGAUGACCAGUCAGAAUGGCCAGGGGACCCUGAUCAUCAGGGAUGUGAAAGAGUCUGAUCAAGGAGCGUACACGUGUGAGGCCAUCAAUGCCAAAGGGAUGAUCUUUGCUAUUCCGGAUGCCGUGCUCAUUUUGAGAUCCAACUCUGGAAACUGUCCAGGAGGUCACUUCAGUGUGGACGGCAGCCAGCGCUGCAUUCCUUGUUUCUGCUUUGGGGUUACCAAGAUCUGUGAUGCCACAGGCCGUUACCAGACACAGAUCAGCCUCCGCUUCAAUGAGAACGAUGAUUUUAAGGGUGUGAGUGUAACUGUACCGGCCCAGUCUGGGACUCCACCUCUCUCUACCUCACAGAUCCUCGUGGACACAGACUCGGCAGAGCUCCAGCUAGUCGAUCUCUCCAGGCGUUUUCUGAACCAUGACUCCUUUUGGACUCUUCCCAGACAGUUUCUAGGAAAUAAGGUUGAUUCGUACGGUGGCUUUCUGCGCUACAAGAUCCGAUACAGUUUAGGCCGGGGACAGAGUGAGCCCGAAAACAAGGCUGACGUCAUCAUCGUAGGAAAUGGGAAAAAGCUGAUCUACAAAGUGAAGAGACCGAGCCAGCCCAGCGUCACUAACCAGAAGGAAAUCCAGUUCCUCGAGGAUAACUGGCAGCACGCGUCUGGGGGGGCUGUAACUCGUGAGGACCUCAUGAUGGCUUUGGUCAAUUUGGAAAAAUUAAUGAUCCGAGCAAAGUACGAUAACAGGAUGGCAAGUGUGGGCCUCAGUGACGUGGUCAUGGACACCACCACCGCGGGAUUCACCCGUCUGGGGAAAGCUCAGAUGGUGGAAGAAUGCAGGUGCCCUACCGGUUACACAGGUCUGUCAUGUGAGACGUGUGCCGCUGGAUUUAACCGUAUCCAGACCAGCCCGUACCUCGGAACAUGCAAUGGCUGCAACUGCAACAGCCAUGCCAGCACAUGUGACAAGGUUACAGGCCAUUGCUUGAGCUGCCAACACAACACGGAAGGUUCACGAUGUGACAAAUGCCGAGCUGGUUAUUUUGGGAACCCGACUCUCGGGACCCCCAGUGACUGUAUGCCGUGUCCCUGCCCCUUUACGGGCCCCAGCAGGAGGUUUUCUAACACCUGUUUCCUGGAUACUGAUAAGCGUCCUACCUGUGAUGCCUGUGCUGAAGGCUACACUGGCCGUAGAUGUGAAAAGUGUGCCAGUGGCUACGAGGGGAACCCCAUGAUUGAAGGUGGAGGCUGCAAACAAGUUGGUUUUCUUACAAAAUGUGAUGACAAAGGAACUGACCCCAAGGCUUCUAUUGAUGGCUCUUGUCAGUGUAAGCUGAAUGUUGUUGGAAGACUGUGUAAUAAAUGCUCACCAGGAUCGUUUCACUUGGAUGCUGCCAAUGUUGCUGGGUGCCUGACGUGCUUCUGCAUGGGCGUCACACAACAGUGUGCGAGCUCCACAUGGCACAGAGACCAGGUCCAGGCUGGUUUUGAGCGUGAUCAUACUUUAUACAGGCUGACAAACAUGGCCAAUACACUGCUGCUGGCAGAAGGGAUUCGGAUCAGCGGACUGAACGAGUUGGCUUUUGGAGGCUUCGAUGCCAUCCCUCAGGAUGUCCUCUACUGGGUGCUGCCAGAUCGGUUUAAAGGGGAUAAGGUCACGUCCUACGGAGGGGAACUGCGCUACAUUAUUCUGCAUCGUGUGUCUCCUGGGAGUCCCCCAAUUAUUGACCGGCCAGAUGUUGUUCUACAAGGCAACAACAUCUUCCUUGAGUACUAUUCGACCAGCAGGCCCAAACCUGGUGUCCCGACAACAUUCACCGUCCCGCUCAGAGAAUCGGGUUGGCGACGGACAAAUGGUCAGCCUUGUUCACGGGAGCACCUACUGAUGGCUUUGGCUCAAAUUGACCUCCUGAUGAUUCGAGCAACUUUUGCUGAGAAGAUGUUGGAAACCAGAAUUUCCAAGAUCCGUAUGGAUAUUGCUGUCCCACAUUAUACUGGACAGGAGCAAGCAGUGGAGGUGGAGGAGUGUAUCUGCCCACAGGGUUACAGAGGACCAUCCUGCCAGAAUUGUGCAUCUGGCUACACCCGAACUGCAGGAGGACUUUAUUUGGGAACGUGUGAACCCUGUAACUGUUUUGGCCACUCCAAUGAGUGUGAUGAAGAUACUGGGAAGUGUCGGAGCUGCCAAGACAACACCGAGGGCAAACACUGCGAGCGCUGUCGGCCAGGCUUCUACGGAGAUGCCAAAGGUCGAACACAUUCCGACUGCCAAGUCUGUCCUUGUCCAGGGACCACAGCCUCAAACCAAUUUUCCCCGACAUGUUUCUUGGAUUCUGAUGGACGCCCAACGUGUGAUAAUUGCCACAGCGGAUAUGGGGGAAGAAACUGCGAAAGAUGUGCUCCAGGCUACACUGGAAAUCCCAUCUAUGGACAACCUUGCACACAAGCUGGCUGUAGCUGUGACGGGAGGGGAAGUGCUACAGACCGCUGUGAUGCCAGUGGGCUCUGCCAAUGCAAGUCUAACGUUGAAGGACGGAACUGUAACAUGUGCAGAACUGGUUUCUUCUUCCUUGAUGCUGGAAACAGAGAUGGCUGCCUCCCCUGUUUUUGUAUGGGUGUCACACAGCAAUGCAGGAGCUCCACCUACUACAGGGAUACGAUCGUGACUCCCUUCUUUCCACCGAGCAACUUCCAAAACUUUGCUCUUGUGAACCGCCAACGUACCACCAAGAUCACCUCAGGCUUCACGGUGGAGAUAACAAACGAGGAACCACUGCUGUCGUUCAGGCACUUUGGCCCAGAGUCGUACUUCUGGCAACUCCCAGAGCCCUAUCAGGGCGACAAGAGGGAACAGUUUUUUGCCCGUAUAAGGCGUGGCCAGCAGAAAGACCCCUCUCUGACUGAGGUGCAGCUGAGGAAGGACGCCGCUGUCUGGCAGCUCCUCGAUUCUUCUUCAUCACUUGCUAGAUCUAAGAGGUCCUCCCAGUCCUCGCCCGAUCUGGAAGAGCAGAAACGUAUAGAUGACGAGAUCUGGGCGAUAAUUACUGGCUUUACCUCUCAGCAAGACAGUCACACUCCCAGCCCAGCAAGUGGCCAGAAUCUGUCCCUUUCCUCCCGAACAUUUAAUAGACCGGGUCCUGUUGGUCCUCCGGCUCCCUCUGCCUCUCACACAAAUCCUCUCCACUCUCUAUCCUCCUCUUCAAGAGUUGCUGUUUCUCAUUCUUCUCAACCUUCCUCUCUGCUUUCCUCUCCUGGUCAAUAUGCUAGACCCUCAGCCACUCAGGUACGCAAUCCAUCUCUUCAGGGAAAGGAAUUAUAUGCUUUGGUUUACAAGGGUUUCAGCCUUCUACCUGAAAGCCAUUACUAUUGGCAGCUACCCCAUCACUACCUGGGCAACAAGGUGGCCUCCUAUGGGGGACGGCUUAAGUACACGCUCUCAUACAAUGCAGGAUAUCGAGCAUCGUCUGUGCCAGAUUCCGAUGUACAGAUUACUGGCAACGACAUCACUUUGGUGGCUAAUCACCAUGAACAGCUGCGGGCAAGAGAGACCAAGACCUUUGAGAUCGUCUUCAAGGAGCAAUUGUGGAAACGUCCGGAUGGUCAGGCGGCCACUCGGGAGCACCUGCUCAUGGUCCUCGCUGACCUGGAUGAGAUCUUGAUCCGGGCCACCUUCACCACAGACAUGAUCUCCGCUAGCAUUGGGGGCGUGAGCAUGGAGACUGCUGUCGCAGCUUACACCAGCCGGAUCCAGGCUCAGGAGGUGGAGGAAUGUCGCUGCCCGCCUGGGUACACUGGCUUGUCCUGUCAGGACUGUGCUCCCGGCUAUGCCAGGACUGGAGGCGGCCUGUAUCUCGGACACUGUGAGCUGUGUGAGUGCAGUGGACACUCGGAAUCCUGUCACCCGGAGACUCGGGUCUGCUCGGGCUGUUUACACGGCACAACGGGGGAGUUCUGUAAUUUUUGCGCUGCCGGAUACUAUGGAGACGCUACAGCCGGGACUCCAGAGGAUUGCCAGCGCUGUGCCUGCCCUCUGAGCAGCCAAGAAAACCAGUUUUCUCCUACGUGUGAGAGCAGUGGAGAUGGUGGGUACCGAUGUACCAGUUGUGCCCCUGGCUACACCGGGCAGUACUGUGAAAGCUGUGCUCCUGGUUACACCGGAAACCCGAACAUCCCAGGGCAGAAGUGUCUUCCAUUUGAUCGUAUUCCUUUGCUGAUCCGUGUUGUCCCAGAGAGAGUGACAGUUUCUCGUGGAGACCGGGUACAACUCAAAUGCCAGGUGUCUGGCCAGGGUCCGUACCGUUACUCCUGGACAAGAGCUGAUGGGCGGCCCUUAUCAAGGCGCGUGAUUCAAAGAAACCGAGGGGAAGAGUUGUUCAUCCAGGAGAUUGAACCCUCUGAUGCUGGAGUUUACCUGUGCGUCUGUCGCAAUGCUCAAAGCACCAAUACAAGCCGGGCUGAAGUGGUUGUUAGUGUCCCCCCUUUCAAGGCCAUAACUGUGACUGUAGAGGAACCAAAGAUACAAACAGUGAGACCUGGCGUUACCAUCAAUUUUAUCUGCACAGCGAAGAGUCAGUCUCCGGCUUACACCCUGGUGUGGACGCGGCAGCUCGGAGGAAAGCUUCCCGACACCGCAGUCGACUUCAACGGAAUCCUGACCAUCCGCAACGUGCGUCCCGAGGAUGCGGGAGGCUACAUUUGCACUGGCUCCAAUAUGUUUGCAAUGGAUGAGGGAAGUGCUGUCCUUCACGUACCAGCCACAGCACAGGUCCGUUAUCAGGCAUUUGAGACUCUGGAAGGCCACAGACUAUCUACAGCCCCAUCGGCUCCUGUGGCUGCGAUAGAGCCCCAGAUCCUUACCGUCAAACAGGGACAGACGGCAGAACUACGCUGCACUGCCACUGGCAACCCACCUCCAACCCUGCAAUGGUCCGGAGGCCAAGGGAGCGUCAUCUCACCAAAUGCAGUCGUUCGGGGUGGGCUGCUUCGAAUCGCCGCCGUGGAACGCUCUGACGAGGCGGUGUAUUUCUGCCAGGCUCGGAACACUGCUGGGGAACAUACCGCCAGGACCAUCAUCUACGUGCAAAGCAAUGGUAACCUGCCCCAGGUGCAGGUCAGCCCCCAGCAGAUAGAUGUGUACGAGGGCGAAACUGUUCGUCUGUACUGCCGGGCAGGAGGCCAUCCUACUCCAAUGCUGUCCUGGAAGAAACUGGGAGGAGUAUUACCAGCGCAGGCUAUGAAUUUAUUUGGUUUCCUUCACAUGGGGAACGGCCACAAUGACGAGGUUUCACGGAAGCGUAUUUGGGAGCUGCAGGCCAGAGCGGAGCGGACAGACAUCGGGACUUUAAUCAUCCCGUCCAUCGCUGCUGCCCACGGGGGCGUCUAUCUCUGUGUCGGCUCUAACUCAGCCGGCUCCGCAGAGGGGCGUAUCGAGGUCACAGUCAUUACCUCACAAGGCAGUCCCCCCAGAGUGCGGGUUCACCCCUCUCCGGCCUCGGUAACAGAAGGAGGAUCCCUGGAGCUGGUGUGCCAGGCACGGGGACAGCCUGAGCCCACCCUGACCUGGCACCGGGCGGGCAGUGCCCUCACUGCCAAUCACCAGGUGUUGGGGUCUCGGCUGCAGAUUGUAAAGGCAACAGUGGCCGACGCUGGUGACUAUAGCUGUGAGGCUGAGAACUCUCUGGGGAGGGAGCGAGCGACUGUCUCGGUGUCAGUCACGUCUCUCUCAACCCCAGCACGAGGCAGCCCCCCCAGGGUGCGGGUUCACCCCGCUCAGGCCUUCGUAACAGAAGGAGGGUCCCUGGAGCUGGCGUGCCAGGCGCAGGGACAGCCUGAGCCCACCCUGACCUGGCACCGGAUGGGCAGUGCCCUCACUGCCAAUCACCAGGUGUUGGGGUCUCGGCUGCAGAUUGUAAAGGCAACAGUGGCCGACGCUGGUGACUAUAGCUGUGAGGCUGAGAACUCGCUGGGGAGGGAGCGAGCGACUGUCUCGGUGUCAGUCACGUCUCGCUCAACCCGGCAGCAGUCACCAAUAAUAAGCACCGGCCCCCAGGAAGUCACCGUCAUCCAAGGCCACAAUGUGUCCCUAAAGUGUGAGAUUCUCGAAGGAGCUCAGCCUCUCCGCAUCGAGUGGAUCACACCCAGCCAACAGCCACAAGACAACAUAAGCAUCACUGGCGCGGGCACCACCAUCACAAUCACCAACGUUCGCCAGACGAGCCACGGACAGUACAAGUGUGUGGCUGGCAACCGCUUCGGCCUGGCGUACAGCACCGUGACUCUGAUUGUACAAGGAGUUCCCACUGUGUCUGUUUCCCCCAGAGGGCCAGUCAGGUUGGGGGUGAGGGAUUCCAUCACAGUAGAAUGUAUAAGUAAGGCCGAGCCUCGGCCUGUGGUCAGUUGGCACCGGAUUGAAGGCAGACAGAGAAAGCCUUUGGAUGCACAGACAACACAGGCAGGACAUUCCAUUCUGAAGAUUUCUUCUGCCCGAGUGGAGGACUCUGGGACCUAUUUGUGCCAAGCGGUCAACCAGCUUGGCUCGGCGGAGUCCCGGGUGGAGGUGUUGGUGGACCUGACUCCCUCAGCUCCCACUGCCCCACAGAUCACCGUGGAGGAGACCACCAGUGUCGCUACCACGGGAGGGACGACCACACUUCACUGCUCGGCCACUGGUUACCCCACCCCCGUUAUCCAGUGGUCUAAACUACGGGCACCACUUCCCUGGCAGCACAAGAUCGUCAAUGGUUCCCUGGUCAUCCCUAACCUGGGGCUGCAGGACUCCGGCCAGUACAUCUGCAAUGCUUCCAAUUCUGCCGGCUUCAAAGAGAUCUUCAUCAUGCUGGACGUGGAGAGUCCACCUUAUGCCACCUUUAACAACGAAGCCGUGACUGUUCGGGUAGGUGAAGUGAUCCGGCUGCAAUGCCUGGCCCAGGGAACACCCCCACUCCAGUACCAAUGGUCUAAACUGGGCGGAAAGCUGCCAUCCAGAGCCCGCAUCCGGGAUGGCGUCCUGCAGAUCAACCUGGCCGUGAUCUCCGAUUCCGACACUUACAGUUGCCUGGUCAAAAACAAGGUCGGGGAGAGCGAAGCCACAGCGACUGUCAGAGUUAGAUCUCCCCUGGCUGUGAGAGUGACUCCACAGAUUGACGUGAAGAACAUUGGUGGCACAGUGGAGUUCACCUGCUCAGUGAUUGGUGAUCCCAAGCCCAGGAUCCAGUGGCUUAAACAGGGCGGUCACUUGCCCCCGGACCACAAAAUCAGCAAAGACGUCUUGAGAAUUAGCAAUCUACAACAAGAAAAUGAAGGAAUUUACAUCUGCAGAGCAACAAGUCGGUAUGAGCAGGCCCAGGAUAGCGCCAAGCUCACCAUCCAAGCCUUGCCCAUUGUAAUGAUCAAUGUGAGGACCUCGGUGCAGACUGUGAUGAUUGGCGGCUCGGUGGAGUUCGAGUGCCAGGCGAUCGGAGACCCUCAGCCCGUGGUCGGGUGGAGUAAAGUGGAGGGCACACUGCCCCCCGGGGUGCGGAUUGGCAACGGAAUGCUGAAGAUUGCCAACGUGAAGGAGUCUGAUGCAGGUCGUUACCGCUGUACAGCCACCAACCAAGUGGGGUCGGUCGAGUCGGAGGUUGUUUUACACGUCCAGACGAUUCCACGCAUUACCCCUCAACCGGAGAUCAAAGAGGUCGCGAUCGGAUCCUCCGCUGUGUUCCCCUGCCUAGCGUCAGGAUUCCCUGCCCCGGAUGUCACCUGGACAAAGCUGGAGGGAGAUCUCCCGGCUGGAGCGCGGGUUGACAACAAUGUGCUGACCAUACAAUCCGCUACCCCGGAGCACACCGGAACGUAUGUCUGCACCGCCACCAACGAGCAGGGAACAGAGACGGCCUACGCCAUGCUGAAAGUCCGAGACCGAGUUGUGCCGUACUUCACACAAGACCCUGUGUCCUACAUCGCGCUGCCAACGAUAAAAGAUGCUUAUCACAAGUUUGAAAUCAGGAUAACAUUCCGACCCGAUGCUGCAGACGCUCUUAUACUCUACUCCGGGAUGAUAAUAUACAAUGGCCAGAAGAAAACAACCGGGGCAGAUUUCAUCUCGUUCGGGUUAGUGGGCGGCCGUCCUGAAUUCAGAUUUGACGUGGGUUCCGGUAUGGCCACCAUCCGCCACCCCAACCCCAUCUCCCUGGGAGAGUACCACACUGUGGUCCUGCAGCGCAACCUGACCCAGGGCAGCCUCUCUGUGGACCACAACCUCCCAGUCAGUGGAACUUCCCAGGGGAGUUUCCGUGGUCUGGAUCUGAAUGAAGACCUGUAUGUAGGAGGGUACCCCGACUUUGAUAACAUUUCUAAAGCAACUGGACUCGACAGUGGAUUUAUGGGUUGUAUCCGCCAGCUCACCAUUCAGGGUGAUGAAGUGAUCUUCUCUCUCCCAGAACUGAGAGCCACGGGAAUCUCCAACUGCCCGACCUGCAAGGACAAGCCGUGUAAGAAUGGAGGCAAUUGCGUUGACUCAGACACCAGCAGAUACGUGUGCUUGUGUAAAAGGGGAUUUACUGGGAGCAACUGCGAACAUUCCCAAGAUCUGCACUGCCACCCAGAGGCGUGUGGGCCAAAUGCCACGUGUGUGAACAGGGCAGAUGGUCUUCCUUAUAUCUGCCGCUGUCACCUGGGCAAACGAGGACCAAAGUGCAUGGACGGGACCUUGGUUACAGCUCCUUCAUUCCGAGGCCGCGAGUCCUUCGUGUCGUACCCAGCGCUGAGCAACAUCCACAACGAGCUGACCAUUGAGAUGCGGUUCAAGCCUCGCUCGCCCACUGGCCUCAUGUUCUUCAGCAGCGGCAAGAGGAUGAAAAUGAACGACUUCGUCUCGGUCGCCUUGGACAACGGCUUUGUGGAAUUCCGUUACGACCUGGGCUCAGGUCUGGCUAUCCUGCAGAGCUUGAAGCCGGUCACUCUCAACAAAUGGCACCAACUCCGAGCGCAUCGGUACAAUAAGGAAGGAUCACUGCACGUUGACAACGACUUGGAGGUCAGACAGUCGUCUCCAGGCAAAAGCCAAGGUCUUAACCUGCGCAGCCCCAUGUACCUGGGGGGGGUGGCUACUUCCGAGGCUCUUCCCAAAGCACUAAGUGUCACACAAGGAAUGGACGGCUGUAUUGCUGAGGUGUUAAUCAAUGGAAAGAAGGUGGACCUUUCCUACACCUUCACAGCCAGCCUGAACGUGGGCCAGUGCUACGAUAACUUGUUGUGUGACACUCAGCCCUGUCUGCAUGGGGGCACGUGUCUGGCAACAGCAGAGUCAGAGUAUCAGUGCCUUUGCCCACAGCAAUACCAGGGUGAGAGGUGUGAAGUCUACCUGGAGCCAUGCUCGCAAACCAACCCUUGCAUGAACGGUGGCACCUGCGAGAGGAACCACUGCUUCUGUCCGAUGGGAUUCACUGGGCAGAAGUGCGAACUAGAUUCUCCUGUCCAGUACGGAGCAUUCUUCCACGACGAGGGCUACAUAGCUUUACCCAGACAAAUGUUCCCGAGGAGUACCCCACGUGUCCCAGAAACCAUUGAAAUGAAAGUCCGAACAAGGACAUCUAACGGGCUGCUCCUGUGGCAGGGAGUGGUUGGACAUGACAGCCAGGAAGAGCAGCCUGGGCUCAGUGAGGAAAAUGGGGAAAAUGGGAAAGGGAAAGAUUAUGUGGCUCUUGGACUCCGGAAUGGCCACCUGCUCUUCAGUUACCAGUUGGGAAGUGGUGAAGCCAAUAUCCUAUCGGAGGACCCGAUCAAUGACGGGGAAUGGCAUAAAAUAACUGCUGUGCGCGAAGGGAAGAGUGGACAUAUCCAGGUGGAUGAGGAUGAGGUGGUCAGGGGUGAGUCCACGGGAGACAAAGUCAUGGUGAACACCAAAGGAAGCAUCUAUCUUGGUGGUGCACCGGACAUCAAACCAUUUACAGGAGGCAAGUUCACUUCCGGGAUCACUGGGUGCAUCAAGGAUUUGCUCCUUCUAAAUCAGAGACCGGAUCAGCACUAUGUGGAGCCCAUCGACCUGCGGGUCCACGCAGAGGGAGGCGUCAAUGCCCAGGAGUGUCCUUCAUAGAUGCUCUGAUUCACCAAGGGCAAAGUAGAGACUUCUGGGGAAACGGUGCUUUGCUGCUAUUUGUGUUGUGUAUUGCAAUCCUUUGUAAUCCCCCUCCACUCCCCCUUCCGCCCCUUCAAAAAAAAUCAUCACAAUUUCAGCAAAUUGCAGUAUCUUGAAUGAAGGAUCUCAGCAAAUCCCAGGUCGGUUUCUUUUGUGCUUCCAUCUUAUAGGAAGGCUAUUAACCAUCCUCUCGAGGCUGAAGAACCUAUGGAUUUAGAUCUCUCUCCAGCACUGAAUUUGAAUGUUAGUGAACUUUGCUGCCUUUGCCUCUGGGUUCUCGCACUGUGUUGUCAGGCACUCUGACCUGCUUUGGGGUCUGUACUUGAAAUGAACCAGACUCUGUUCGUCACGGUCAUCACAUUAUUAACUAAAAGGUUCAAAAGUUGAAUGCGUGGAAUCGUGUCCGGGUUCUGACUCCUGGAAGAAUACAUCUGUAAUUGCAUUGCUGAAUGGGCACGUGGGCAGGUACCAGUUCUAGGCCCACACUUUCUGCAAUAAGGCAAAUAAGAAUGACGCUUUUUAUUGAACUUGUUUAGUGAGAGUUCAGAAAUUUCUAUCGGUUUAAUGACCAGAAAGUGGAGUCUGGAACAAACAGGCUGAAUAUUCCUGCAGUACUGGCAUCCGUUAAGCAUGUGUAAACCUGCUGUAAAGCUGGUAAUCUUUCCCCUCAGGGUCUGACCUCGACACAAGAGAGUAAUAUGCAGCAUCAAAGGAAACUCAGAAACACUAAAAGCUUUGAAGCAUCAAUCUCCAGCACAAACUACUGUCGGCUCUGUAGACACCUUCUGGUCAAAAUUGCUUCUGUCCAGAAACCAAGCAAUUUAGUCACGUCAUCGAGUUCUUAAAGAACCGCUGUUUGUGUGACUAAAUAUUUACUUAACAAUUUUUAUCCCCACAAAACUAGUGUUCCUUUAAGUAAGUUC